AGCAUGGUUCCUGUGGACAGGUACCCACUCCGAUCUGCAACAUCAUCGACAGUCGGAAAUGUCGUUGUGCUGCUCGUUUCUCCACCGUGCGAUCUGUGCCGUUUAGCGUGCCCAUAGUUCUUAAACGACAGUGUGCGCUCGCUGAGACCGCCAUGAGCGCCGGAGACUUGGAGAACGCUUCGCACAUCGAAGCCGAAACAAGUUUCGAAGUGCAGCUCUACAUUUACGACCUCUCCAAGGGACUUGCCAAGACGCUUUCGCCCAUGCUCAUAGGGAAGCAGCUGCCCGGUAUAUGGCAUACAAGUAUCGUGGCUUACGGCAGGGAGUACUUCUUCGGUUCGAUGGGUAUCGAAAGUUGCGGAGUGGGGGAGACCAUCCUCAAAGAACCAGACCAGAUUCUGAGCCUGGGUCGCACCGAGCUCCCGUACAGCUUGUUCCUGGAGUACAUCUUUGCCCUCGGUGAAUCCGGGUACAAGCCGCAUACUUAUGAUCUGUUUCGUCACAACUGCAACAACUUUACACAAGAGGUGGCUGUGUUCCUCACAGGGAAGUCCAUCCCCCAGGAAAUUCUGGACCUCCCUGAUGAGUUUCUGAGCACGCCUCUGGGCGGCACGCUGCAGACUUACUUUGAGAACCUCUCACUUCGAGGGGAAACAGCGCGGGGCCUGAGCUUUGGUGGCGGAGCGCCGACGGACUUCAUUCCCUUCAACCCCGUAGAUCCGUGGAACCAAAGAACUAGGAGUUCCACAUCGCCCCCUGAACAAGCGAGGCAACCAGCACCACCUCUGGCUCAAAACAUGUCUUCGGAGACGGCAACAGAACCGGCUACAGAGGAAGCCACAAGGCCUGCUUCAGAUACAGCAGCAGCUGACAGCAACGGCGAGAUUGAAGACCGGCCAGCACCUGUCCGAAAGUCUCGGCGAUACAGUGACCCACCUGUGUUCUACCCACAAGUCGACGGUGCUGCUGCAUUGAAAGAACUGGAGGGUCACCUGGAGAGCGUCAUCAAUGACCAGGAGCGGUCAGCGCUCAGAGAGUUGCACGAAUACCUCGUCACGGACAAUGGAGCAUGGGCCCUCGGAACGCCGCAGCUCGACCUGUUCAACAAGCUGCUGACUGACCCUGGCCUGUCAUCGGCUGUGCGACUGUCGCUGCUGCGGGUGCUUCAGGCAGCAGCACUCAAGGAGGACGUCAUCCUGUUCCUGCAUCAGGACCGUAAGAGCCACUGCAUUAUGAGCUACGUGUACCGCAUCGAGAGCCUGUCCCCCGAGGAGCAGGACGAAGUGCUGAAACUGCUCUGCAACCUGUGCAGCAAUGUCAGCAGCUACGACUGGCUGCUCUACAUUUCCGAGUGGAGCGAGGAGGGUGGCCAGUCGUGCAACAAUGCCAAGGCCACUGUGCGCGCCGUUGUCCACGGCCUCCUCUGCGACAGGCCUGAGGCGCAGGAGCGCAGCGCUGCCCUCAUGUUCAACCUCUCCCUCAAAGAGCUUUUUGAUGACACAGCAACAGAGCUGUCCACAGCCGUCCUCCAGUACCUGCAUGGAGACAUCAAGGAGGAACAAGCUUUCUACUGCUUAACGGCGCUUCUACGGUUUCUACAGAUCAGCUACAAUGAUGUACCCGCCUUAGUAAAAAUGCUUGGUCCAGACCUGCAGAAGUUUUCCGGUGCUUCGGAACGGGUCAAGAAGCUUGUUGACGAGAUUGGUCUCAAGCUCUCGGUGUCAAUAUCGGCGUGACGGCACUGAGGCAUCUGUGUGAAGUGUACUGUCACCCACAGAAGUUUUCAAAAGCUGGGGUUCGCGGAAGAACUUGAAAUAUCAUCCCAGGUGUUCUGUAAUCGAAGGGUGCAGUCAUGCAAUUCUGGUUGUGACCACAACAAUGCCACCAGACAAUCUGCAAGAUUCCGUAAGUUGGCUGCCCUGCAGAGCUGCUCUUUUAAAUAAGUAGUGACACAUAUCUUCGAAAUUUUGGAAACUUCCACACUUCUCGCAUUUAAUUACUUAGCAAGUACAAAUAUUGGGAAACACUCAGGUAUCUUAAUUUGAUACUACUAAAGUUGGUCUUGAAAUGCUGGACCUAUUGUUGUGGCGUCAUGAUAGGGAGUAAAAUUCGCUGACACUAGGUAACAAUGAGGCUAGGUGUCAUGAUGUUUUUCAUUAAAAAAAAAAUAACAAGCAUGCUGUGCAUGUUUCUUCUGACUGCACAUGCAUCUGGCAGUCACAGCGAUCACAGGAAUGGAGCGUUUCAGCAUAUCGUGACAUCACAAUGCAUCUAACUUUUGGGUAGAUGGGUACCUUCUAAGUACCUUCUGGGUACCAAAACUAGUUAGUGGAAACAAGUAUUCAUGUAAAUUGUCUAGGGGGCUCUGUCACUUGCCACUAUUUCCACUAGGAUUUAGAGGGUUUGGAACUUCACCAAAUGCAAAAAGAAAAAACAUUGAAAGCAUUGUGUCAGUACUCCUCUGAAGGCACUUGUCCACAGACUGGAUUUGUACCCAAUCUUUGGUUCCCUCAUGGGCAAAGUGAAAAUGGAAAGAUGCCAGCGAAUUAUUGCGUAGCUAGAAUGUGCCUUGUUUUACAUUCAUUUUACUUUUACACGCAUUAGUUCAGAAAUUUGGUGAAAUCGCAGUUUUAAUUUCUGCCACCUGUUCUCUGUUGUAAGGGUGUGGUAGACCUCCGUGCAAGAACUCUCACAUGUUGUGCAACCUUUCAUACGUGCAGUGACAUUUCUGGUGUCUAACUGGUGGAACAACUAUCGUGUCGUGGAGUAUGUAGAUGCUAAUGACAUCUUGCUUUCAGAAUACUGUCGCACCUUGAUAUAAUGAAUUAUCAUAUUUAAGGAAGUAAAUCUAAACCCUUUCUUGCAAGUAUCAACAUGUAGUGGAUAUAAGCUUAUAAGGAAUAUUGGAUUUAACAAAAGUAGUUUUGUGUCAAAUGCAACUUCAUUAUACCUGUGUUGUUAAAUAUCGGACCUCUGUCGAUGCGUUUGUUAGCAGUUUUCCGGCCAGGGCAGCCGACUGCACAAAAUUUUGCCAAAUACCAAUCUAGUGCUGUGCCCCCAAGUUGCGAGAUCUUUUUCCGGGGCCCCACGUACUGCAGUUGUCUCGUUUCUUCCUAAUGCAAACUUGAAAGGAAGCUUGUUUGAAGUGGCUGCUCAGCUUGUUCAAAUUCUAUGGCUGCUAUUGUUCCAAUAUGGCCUCGCAGCGUAAAAACAGUGCAAGCGAUGCUUGUCUCAGGUAUUUGGUUUUGUUAUCCAUUGGCAAAGCACAUCAGGUCUGUAUUUGUAGCUGCGGCUGCUACUGGUUAAAUGUGCCUUUUCGCAAUAUUUUUUAAAGUGAAGUAGUGUUACAAGACAUUUCAACAACUGUUUUGUAUUAAUCGCGCUUGCUCUGAGGAAGUCAUUUUAUGUAUUUGUCUUUUGGUGCUCUUUUUUUUAUAUACAUUUUUUUUAUAUCCUGGAAGAAUGAUGUUAACGAACAAUGUUAGUAGCAUUUUCUACUUACGAUGGUUGUGUUGUAUUUCGCCCUGUGUAUAAGGUUCUACAAUUUCCCUGAAUUGUACUAAGCGCAUCUUUUUUGCAAAUAGGAUUGCUCCGGUAACGGUUGCAUGAUCUGACACAUAAAUACUCGUUGCAAAGUGAUAUUUUUAGCACAACAUUUUGGGGGAAAAUGUAGCAAUAUUCCUGAGCACAUGCAAGUUUUGAAACCUGUGCUGUUAGGAGCAAUAAGGUAUUACGAUUUUAUAGUUAUUGACACUAUACGUUGUGUUAGGAUUGCGACAGGCAGCUAGUUAUUCUUGCAUAUUUGGCUGCACAUGUCUUUUAUUGUAUAUGCACAAUUACUCGGGUGACUAACCCUUUAUGCUGGACAAGAUAUAUAUAUGUGGCACUUGUUUGGUGGAAUAAAAAAAAGCUUGUUUAUAAGUUUCCUUGUUAUGUGUGUA